GAUACCGCGGCUGUUCUCCGACGUGCACGCAGCGCCCUGCCAUCUGUCUCUCCCUGCCGGAACUGGGCCGGCCGGGAGUGCCCCGCCCCACCGCUCCGCUUUCGAUUCCCCGCCGACCCUUUGCGGCUCGGCGGCAACCCCAAACUUGGGGGUGAAUGGCGGGCGCAGCGGCGUUAAGCGGGACACCUGAGGGGCUCGGCCGGGGGGACCCUGAGGAAGCGCACGGCCGGCGCUGCCGCGAGCACGGCGACCGCGUGGCCGAGCUCUUCUGCCGCCGUUGCCGCCGCUGCGUGUGCGCGCUUUGCCCGGUGCUGGGCGCGCACCGCGGUCACCCGGUCUGCCUGGUGCUGGAGGAAGCGGCGCGCGUGCAGAACCUCACCCAAGAAUGUUUAAUGCAGUUGGCAUCCAAGAAGCAGCAGCAAGUUGGCAACAUAACCCAGAUAGAAGACGCUGCUGAGAAGCUCAAGGCUCAUGCAGAGUCAAGUAAAACCUGGCUGACAGGGAAAUUCACUGAACUCAGAUUGCUACUUGAUGAAGAAGAAGCUCUGGCCAAGAAAUUUAUUGAUAAAAACACACAGCUUGCCCUCCAGGUGUACAGGGAGCAAAUCGAGUCCUGUGGGGAGCAAAUCAAUGUCAUGAACAGUCUCUCUGACAAGGUCUGGAGUAUCAGCCAGGAACGCAAUCCUAUACAGCUCCUGCAGGAGUACAUGGCUGCUGAGCAGCAGAUACAGCAGCAGCUGAGUCUGGGGGAGCUGUGCCACCCCAUGCCACUCUCCUUUGAGCCUGUCAAGAGCUUGUUUAAGGGCCUUGUGGACGCCAUGCAGAGCCUCCUACAGACGCCACUGGAUGUCCGCCUUAAGGAAGACAUGAACUGCCAGCUCUCCGGCUCUUCCAGUGCCAAGCCAGGUUCCUUGUUGAAAACAAGCCCCUCACCACAGCGAUCGCUCUUCUUGAAAUACGCGCGCACGCCCACGCUGGAGCCGGACACGAUGCACGCGCGCCUGCGCCUCUCCGCAGACCGCUUGACCGUGCGCUGCGGUCUCUUCGGCCGCCUGGGGCCUACGCCUACGCUGUGUUUCGACUCGCUGUGGCAAGUGCUGGGCCGCGACUGCUUCGCCGCCGGCCGCCACUACUGGGAAGUGGAUGUACAGGAGGCGGGCAUCGGCUGGUGGGUGGGCGCGGCCUACGGCUCCCUGCGGCGCCGCGGGGCCUCGGCUGCUGCCCGCCUGGGCUGCAACCGCCAGUCCUGGUGCCUCAAACGCUAUGACCUUGAGUACUGGGCCUUCCAUGACGGGCAGCGCAGCCGCCUGCGGCUCCGCGACGAUCCCGACAGGCUCGGCGUCUUCCUGGACUACGAGGCCGGCGUCCUCGCUUUCUACGACGUGUCGGGCGGCAUGAGCCACCUGCACACCUUCCGUGCUGCUUUCCAGGAGCCGCUCUACCCGGCCCUGCGGCUCUGGGAAGGGGCCAUCAGCAUCCCCCGACUGCCCUAAUGGCCCAGACCUGCGUGACCUGCGUGCCUGCCUCUCCGAGGCUCUGGUCUCACCGGAUCCAGACGUGGCUAGUCUACUUCCUCUCUAUGCAUUCCACUCCCCCACCAGUCAUGGCCUGUGCUUUGAACAGUUCCUCUCCAAGAUGGGUUAGUUUCAAACAAGCCCUAAACACAUGUCCUCUGCUGCUGCUCUCUCACCCAACCUCCCCUGGUCGUAUAACCAGGGCACUUAUACUACACUGCUUUUAGUCCAGGUUCCCGAAGGGACACACCCAUAGUUGAGACCUAAUCAUCCUGACCAUGUCAGAAUACAUUAUGCUCAGCCCCAGAUCAUUCUCCCCCCUACAGCACCCAGAACGCCUGGCACAUGGUAGGCACACAAUAAAUGUGUGAAUGAAUGAGAGUCGCUAAGACUCUUCUAUCCCUUAACCUCAGUUGGAUCGGCUUCCUCCUCUUUAUUCUACUUCAGCCUGUCCAUGUCACCUCCCUUAGGAGCAGCUGCAAGGGCUUAACACCUGGAGGUCUGAACCCCUUUCCCUGUGCAUCCUCCACCCUACAGCCUGAGUGACUUGCCUGAAACCUCACUUAACCUCUUAGAACUAUCAAAAGAUUCCCAAGAUCUAUAGGGGAGAAAAAAAGCACUUUACCUUAGCAUUCAAGGCUUUUCUAGUCCGCCCCAAACUACUUAUCCUCACCUAGCUCCGACUGCUCUUCUCAGAGACCCUCCAGUCAGAACUGUGUGUCACACAGUUCCACCUCUACACCCUUGCCGUCACACAAACAUAGAGGAAAGCCUUUUCUUCCUUUUGCCUGUCUUCCCUGGGCUUAAGUGCCCCAAGACUUCUCCCCAGGCCACAAGAAUCUCUCUGUGAGGUCCACAGUCUAGGACCUGUCUUUCCAAUUACUUGGGAAGAUUUCUAAGGGCAGCUGUUGUCCUAUAUCUUUCCCUCCCUGAAAAGUUCAGAAAGUCCCUUUCCUCCUGGGCAGUGCGUGAAGGACCACCAGUUGGCUAUCGUUGAGUCAUGAAACAGCUGAACUGGGAAGGCCUCACAGAUCACCCAGUCUGACCUCACUGUACAUUUGGGGAGAAUAGGAUCCUAAAAGUUGCUUAGAGUCACCCAUGGUGAUUAAGGGCUGGACCAUCCACCCCAUCUACCCCAGCCUCCAGGCAUGUGUCUCACUUGCCUCCCUGGCCCGGCCCUUGAGGCCCAGCUUUCAAUCUGGGAGAUGUUACUGCUUAUUCAUUUCUCAGGGGAUGUUGGGAAGAAACCAGCAGGUGACUGUUGCUAAGCAACCAUGGGCAGUUUUCCCAACUGUUUUAGAAUCAAAAGGAGAAGGAACUAUGAGUGGGGUUUGGGCAGCCCAGGCAUCAUUAUGCUCCUCAGAGUCGGAUGUUGCCAAGGAAACCCAGAGAGCCUUGCUUUCCAUACAAUAGAGAAAUGGAGAAGGCCAAAUCAGCAGGACCUCCCAGGAAGGUCAGCUCCUCCAGUAGGGAAGUUAAGGCCUCUUUCCAGGGUCUGUGCCUCAGUUCUGAAGGUUGAGCAUCCUGUUUGUCAAAUUCCUUAGGUGGUUUGGGGGUUAUACCAUGUUAAACUAUCUUAGGUACAUGGUAAGAGGGCAGUGGGUAGGAUAAGGAAAUGCAAAGCUGAAUCUCCCUCAGCAUUGAAACAGACUUGGUGCAAUAAUUAGUUUGAACCAUAUAAAACUGCCAAUUUCCAGUAGUUUGGGGCCGCAAAAUGGCAUUUUCAUAUGGUGCAGUGUAAUAUAAGUAGAAUGCAAGGCGGAAGUGGCUUUAGUUCUACCCAAGUCAUCUGAAACUCGAGCUUGGAGAGAUGUCUAAGUACUAUGCUCCAGCUUUACUGAGAAAAGGGAAAUUCUCCUGGGGGUGGCCCAAUGCUGAAAUCUGACAGGCAGAAGCAUUCCUGACAGAGGAAGAUGAGCACACUUGACCCCACGUCUCUCUUCAUCCCUGCAAACCCAGACUUGUCCCCAGACCCACAGCCAUAGCAGCCAAGUAAAAAUACUUGCUGUUUCCUCAGGCACUGCUCUAAUGCUUUACAACUAUUAACUCAUUUGAUCCUUACAUCAUCCCUAGCAGGUAGAAAGUUAUUCCAUUGCAGACAGAGCAAAAUUGAGACAGAGAGUAACUUGCCCAAGGUUACACAGCUAACGGUGGAGCUGGGGGUCUGUGCUUAUCCCUCUGUUCAGGUGAACAGGGCCAAGUCUCUAACCAGUGCCUACUUGCCCUGGCCUCUCUCUUGCUAGGCCUGUGAUGCUUUGCUUUUGCCCGGUUACUCUAUGGGACUUGAGUCUAUCUUUGGUGAUUAUCUUCCAUGGGCUCUGAGAGAGUGUAUUACACUCAGAGGCAGAUUUGAGAGUUUGGGAUUCAUGUAGCAAAGACAGAGCUGGACUACAAGGGAUGAACACUGGCUUUUGUCAAAGGCCUGUGCUAGCCAGAAAACUGCAGUUUUGGUCCAUAAUUGUGACCUCAAACUGGUCACUGUACUUCUCGUUUACAUCACCUAUAAAAUGGGGUUAAUGACCCUACCUACCAGUUCUGUGAGGCUCAAAUGAGCCAGGGGAUAAUGAGCUUGCCUUAAAAAACUACCCUGCUGUACCAUGGGAGGUCCUAUAAGCACUCGCAGCGGGGUCCUUGUUGGGCCUGACACGGUGCUGAGACAACUGCCAUUCCUAGCUGCCAUCUGGCAGUGGCAGGAGUUGUUCUCAGCAGAGGCCUGAGCUUCCUUGGGGGUCCAUGUCUGUAAGGGGACUGACUACUUAUUCUCUUUCAGACUUGAGUCUGUAGAAACUUCUUGAUUGAUACAGGAAGUUGCUGGCAAAUAUUUUUAAGUGACAGCAACUUUCCAAAACAUGGUUUAAUAAAAUACAAAUAGCUGUCCCUUUUAACCAUGUUCUUCUUUGGGAGUUCAUGCUGCUUCAAGUACACAGCACGUAGGCCUGGGCAGGGCCUUGCUCCUCUCCCAUCGCCUCCACAACUUUCUUGCCACAGUUCGCUGGUCCUUGAUUGAACAUCUCUAGUGAUGGGGGAGUUCAUUAUUUCUGAAGAUAAUUCACUUAAGUUCUUGCUUAUGUGGAAACAAAUCCUGUCUCCUAACUACUCUUAUCCAAGAUAGUAUUAUGUGGCUUCUGGCAACUUUUUAGCAACAUUGAAGCCAUCUGUGGUCACUGACUAAUUUUUUAGAGAUUUCAGGGAUCCUCCCUGGCCUACUGCACCAUCUCUUCUGUUUCUUCAAUUCCACUCUGUCAAGGAGCAGGGGACAGUGAUGAGAGCCUGGUGGAGGCACAGCCUAGCAGAGGGCACACAGGGGUGGCCCUGCAGAGCCAGGGCCUGGUGAGCAGGAGUCUAUGCUAUGAGGGGGGGACAGCCGGCCCGAGAAGCCAAGCUGCAUAGGAGUAGGGGGCCCAAGGUUGAGUCCACCAUGUCCCGCUCUGAAGCGUUCCUGGGCCUAUAAAAUACAGUCCAAACUCAGCAGGCUUUUAAGCCUUUGCUUCCUUCCUGAUACCUUUGUUUUUUGUUCUUUUUAGAGCCGCACAUGCGGCAUAGGACGUUCCCAGGCUAGGGAGCUACAGCUCGAAUCGGAGCUGUAGCCACAGCCACACCAGAUCUGAGUCACCACAGCUUAUGGCAGUGCUGGAUCCUUAACCCACUGAGUGAGGCCAGGGAUUGAACCCACGUCCUCAUGGAUACUAGUCGGGUUGGUUACUGCUGAGCCAUGAUGAGAACUCACCUGACCACCUUUGAAAUCCCUUCCUCUCCACUCGGCCAUUCCCUGCCAAACCAUCACUUGGUGAUACAGGGUGCUUCCCAUGCCCCAAAUCUCACAGUUCCUUGCUCCGUCACUUCUCAAUGUGCAGCACAGCUGAACUAAAGUGCCACCUCCUCCAGGAGAGCUUCCCUGGACAGCGCCUCCUCUCCCAUCCCCAUUCCCAUAGCUCCCAGGACUCUUGGGAAACAUCUCAGCAGUUCACCCAUGCACUAUUUGUGGAGGUACCUGCACCCAACAGCUGGGAACGCCAACAGGCCCUUGGACCACCUGAUGCCUGUCUGGGCCCAGCACUGCUUCUCCCACCUGGUGGGCUCAGGGACAUACGUGUCCUAAACUUGAGCUUCCCAACCUGAAUGGGCCAGAGCUGUGCCCAGAGAGCCAUCCAUUCUUCUGCCCUCAGGGCCCGGCACAGCAUAAGGUGUCCAGCUGCUUCUAGCUGCAGGCAGCCCCAUGCUUUACCCUCACUCGUCACACAUAGGCUGUCAUUUUUUCUGUGUGGCCUGAUGGGAAGCGUAUUUGAGAGGAUGGCCCCCCCACCCCGCUUCCCUGGUCUCUCCAACACAUCACACGGUCCUCUACCCAAAAGGCAGAGUGAAGACCUGUACCUUCAGUGCCUCUUCCAAGUCUGAGCCUCACUGGCUCCUGCCCUCGGAGGGGAAUCCAGCUGAGGUCUACAGAGUAGCCUGGGUCCUGCUGACAGUCCAGUCUGGUGGGACCCGGAGGCAACUGUCUGGUUCCCUGCUAGAAACUACUUGCUGCACAUUCUCGGUCAGAGCCCAGCCCAGGCCCUUCUGUCCUUUUCUUCAAGACCCACAUCCUGUUUCCAGGCCCUGGAACACAUCCAUCUAGUACCACACUAUGUCUCUUCUUGCUAGGAAGUUUUAGAUAUUUGCUUUAAUGCCAUCUCUGCUGUUAUACAAAAACGGGCCAUGGAGUCAGAAACUGUGAUUGUCUACUCAUGACUGUUUAUAGGGAGAACUAAAAGGGAGUAAGCAGCAGCCAGAAAUGGAUGCUAUCAUACUCCAGCUCUUAGCAUGUCAAUUUUAUGGAUUCUCUUUGACACAUGAGAACAACCUGGAUUUCUACCCCACCUCACCCACACAUACAAACAGGAGUGCCUGUCCAGAAACUGUUCUGGGAACCAUAGGAUAGGGAGGCCCUAUCUUCACAAGAAACUCCACACCAGGCAAAUGUACCCAUUUGAAAAGAGACUCAAAUACACGCUUUGAAACAAGAGGAAUUAUAUAGCCAAAUAAACAUGAACAAAGAUUAAGAAUUUGAAAAUAAUCUCAGGAUGGGUUCAAAAGAACAAAGAGGAAUAUUAUAUGGAAUUACUGUGAAAGGUUCAUGCUGCAGUUGAAGGAAGUACAAUAGUGGGGAUCUUUUUGGUUAGUGGGUUUUCAGUCUCACCACGAGUCAUGGAAGGGCUGAUUUCAGCAUCUCCACCCUAGUCACAAGUCACCACAGCUGCAGAUACAUUAAGCCCCACACUCAUCUUCAGCUCGUGCCUCACUGCACCUGUCACCUUCUAACGUACUGUGGUUUACCUACUAUGCUCACGGCUUAUGGUGCACCUGUCCCCAUCUGCAUGGAAGUCCCAUAAGGAAGUGAUUCAGUGCUGUAUCCUCAGGCCCCCAUGCAGGUCCUAGUAGGCCCUCCAUGUUUGUUGAAAGAAAGAAUAAUGCCAUUUCCAACUCUCUUUGCUCAGAGAUUAAAGAACGCUUUGGACAUUUCUCUGCCUGCAAUACAUUCUGACCAACCCCUUCUCUAAUGCCAAGUGAUCGCUCUACAGCUAACUAGAUUCAGUCCCAGGGUGGGCAGGGCAUAAGGAGGGACAGCAGGAAGGAAGGGAGAUUUUGGGUCAUUACGGUUGGCUUUGCAAGCAGGAAGAGGGAAGGCUAUGAAAAGAGGGCCCACAUAGCUGGUGCUCCCCUCUCUGUACCCUCACUGCAACUGGAGGGUGAUGAGAUGCUUCUGAACCCACCACCCGUUCUAGGCCAGUCCACUUGAGGCAGGGGCUGCCCAUAUUUGCUCUCUAUAUCCCUCCAAUGGGCUUGACCCAGGGCCUGGCCCAAAAAUGUCUGCUAUCUAGGUGGGGAAGGAUGAAAGCCAGGCCCCCGGAGACCACCCCUCACGCCCCACCUCACCCAAACAUACCAGCAAGGCAAUUUGGAGAAUGGCAUUUUAUUUUAAGACUUGAUUUUUUUGCCAUGAUUUUCUACCGAUUCUUCCAUGAUGGUAUCAUCUUCUUCAAUAGUGACCAGGACCUUCUUGCCCACCAGACUAAAGAUGUCUUCAGGAGGGUAGCCUUUGGGUUCACCCACCUUCACAGUGAGCAUGUCCAGUGUUAGAACAGUGCCUUCCGGAAUUUUCACUUUGGCCACCACAGACUUGCCCAGCUGUGGAUAAAAUUAAGACUCAGUGCCAGCCUCACAGAAGUAACUAGCACACAAUGCUUUAUCCCCUGAUCAGUUUUCUUGCACAAGGUACCUUGAGAACAGAGACUCAGUUUUCCCCUUUGGUGCUAGAAAAGUAUCUCACACACAGCAGGGGCUCGGCCAGUGUUGUGGACUCAGAGACUCAGAGGAGCCUUUACAAUAAAGGGCUCAGGAUAUGGAGCCAAAGCAAACCAGAUCCGAAUCCCAGUAAGCCAAGACUGAGCUUCCCUGUAAAAUGGGAAGUAAGAGUGCCUCUAUCUUGUCAGACGACUAUAAGGAUUAGUAAUAAUGUGUGUAAUCUACCUGGAAUAGAGAAUGCUCGCAAUAAAUAAAGAUUAUGAUUACUUUUGUCA